CCGUAAAACCAAUCAAGAAAGAAAGACAAGAAAGAUCCAAACAAGAUCCAAACCAAACCUUAUAAUUUUUAAUUUUUUAAUAUUAUUGAUUGAAUCAAUUUCAAUCAAUUACAUUUUCUCUGUUCGUGUUCAAGGCGACAUGGCAGACGUACGUGAUAUUAUGGAGCUGGACAGACCAGGAACUCCAGAAAUUACGAGAGAGACUAUACUUGGUACCGACAAGCCUAAGAAAAAAUUCACGCCUGGUACAAAAAUUUCAAAAAGACCAGAGGGCAUGCACAGAGAAGUCUUUGCUCUACUCUAUAAUGACAACAAAGAUGUUCCCCCAUUAUUUCCAUCGGACACUGGCGGAAAUGGUUAUAAACAAACAAAAAUUAAACUUGGCAUGAGGAGACCUAGAAAAUGGGAAUGGAUGGCCUUUACCAAUCCUGCAAGAUCUGAUAAUGCAACAUUCUAUCAUUGGAGAAGGCCAAGUGAUGAUGCUAAAGAGUAUCCAUUUGCUAAAUUUAAUAAGAAAGUAGACGUACCAACAUACACAGAUGUUGAAUAUCAACAACAUUUAACAUCUGACACUUGGACUAAAGAAGAGACUGACCAUCUAAUGGAUUUAGCACAGCAGUUUGAUCUAAGGUUUAUAAUAAUAGCUGAUAGAUAUGAUACUCAAAAGUUUUCCAAACGUUCUGUGGAAGACUUAAAAGAAAGGUAUUACAAAAUUAAUGGUAUAUUGGCCAAGUUAAAUGGAGAAAAGAAAAUAUAUACGUAUGAUGCAGAUCACGAAAGAAGACGGAAGGAACAACUUAAAAAAUUAUAUGACCGCACACCAGAACAGAUUGAAGAAGAACAGUUUCUUAUAUCAGAGCUAAAAAAAAUUGAAGCCAGGAAGAAAGAAAGAGAAAGGAAAACGCAAGAUUUACAAAAAUUAAUUAGUCAAGCGGAUAUUCAGAAUGAUACUCCUAGAAAAACUGAUAAAAAAAUACCAAAAAAGAAACUAUCUAAUCCAAGACCAUCUAGAGUAGAUACAAGUUACAUCUUACAAGCUGUGGAAACAGCUGGUAUUAAAUUCCCUGACUAUAAAAACAGUGGAGUAUCACUAAGAUCCCAAAGAAUGAAGUUGCCUGCUAACAUAGGUCAAAAAAAGUCCAAAGCUAUAGAACAGUCCUUGCAAGAAAUGGGCUUAGAAUUGAAUCCCACAGCUACUGAGGAUAUUUGUCAACACUUUAAUGAAUUAAGAAGUGAUAUGGUUUUGCUAAUGGAAAUUAAAUCAGCUCUAGAAACCUGUGAAUAUGAUCUGCAGUCAUUAAGACAUCAGUAUGAAGCUCUGGCUCCAGGAAAGACGCUGAUAAUCCCAGCUCAGUUAACAAAUUCAGAACAAGAAAAUAAGAUUAAUACUGGUGAAAUAAUUGAUGUCGUAGGAUCUCCUGGUACCCCAUUAAAUACCUAGCUAAUGUUGUUAAGAAUACGAAUAUAAUAUAGUUUAAGUAUUUUUAUAUUAAAACUAGCUUACUUUAAAUUAUAACACUUUUAUAGAAAUAUUACCACUGUACAAAUAAGUCAAUAUAUGGUAUAAGCAUUCAUACAACCUUUUCAGUUCUUAAUAGUUACCAUUAACUGGUAAUUUUUUUCUACUAGCUUAGAUAAACAAAAAAAAAUGUUUAAAUCAACGCUAAUACAUAAUUAUAACAAAACAUGUUAUGCCUUAAAGAAUAAUUUAGAAACAAAAAAUGUACAAGGUGGUCUGAGUUGUAUUGGGGAGACUUCAGCAACAUAUUUUGCAGAUAAAUAUAAGUAAAAAUGUUCGUGUAAAUGUACGUCCUAAAAUGGUUUGUUUAGGAGAUACAGAGCGUAGAAGUUUCAUUUUUUCAAAAUAAUUUUUGAACUAAUGUCUAUGUUUGGAUGAAAAUUGAUGUCUGGGUGUUUUUUGACGAGAAAUUUGAUUUUGAUGUCAAUAUGCCUCCUACUUGUAGAGGGUGCCACCUAAAUUUUUAACUGGUUUGUAGAGUAAUAACUUUGUCCCUACCUGUAUAAAACUACUGAGUAAAAAAAUAUACAGUUUCAUAAUUUUAUAUGUUAAAACGGCCUCUAGAUAAAGAUCGCUAAGAGUAACCAUUUUCACGAUACUUGGAUGUUAUCAUUGACAAAUAAUAAACACUAGAUAAAGAGAUAGUUAUUAUUACUUGACUGAAAUUAUAAAUUUGGGAACUUUUUAUUUUGUUUAAAAUAAUCAUAGUUUUUUCCAGAAAAAAGUAUGAUGAAACAGUUGCUAUUGAACCUUUGGUAGAAAACCAUUUCAAAUUUAUGAUUUCAGUCUAAUAACUAUCUUAUCAACAGGUUCAAUUUUUGGCAAUGAUGAGAUGUAGUAAUUAUUUUGAUUCCAAAUAUCUCGAGAAUCAUUACUUGAAGUGAUUUUUACCAAGUUACCUUUUUUACUUAAAAAAUGCCGGAAAAGUAUAUUUUUUCUCUCAGUAGUUUUAUACAGGUAUGGAAAAAAGUUAUUAGUCUUCAAACCAGUUAAAAAAUAUGUAGGUGGCGCCCCUGCAAGUAGAAGUCAUAUAGAAUUCAAAUUUCCCAUGUCAAAAAACGACACCAAUUUUCAUCCAAAUAUUGACAUUAGAUCAGAAAUUAUUUUGCAAAAAUAGAAAUAAAAAUGAAACAUAUGUAUACCUACAACAUAUAAAAUGUAUUUAAAUUUCUUAUUUCUAUACUUAUACUGUAUAUAUAAAAAAAAUUAUUUAUGUUAGUUACCAAUUGUGGCAUUUGCAUGAAUAAAUGAUUGAAACUUACACACCCUGUAACUCAGAAACAAAGCAUUUUAGGAUAUAAAUUUAUUUUUUUUACUUAUUUUUAUCUGCAGAAUAUGUUGCCAAACUUUCUCAAAUACAAUUCAGACCACCCUGUAGAUAAGGACAUUUCGAUAUGUAACGUAAUAAGUUUUCAGUGAUGUAAUGAAAU